AUGCACAUCAAUUUACAGAUCCUAAUCGCCGCUUCCACUCUUCUUAUCGUAUCAGCUUCUUUUGAGCGCUAUAUAUGCUCAAUUCGUUCUUCUGCAGGAAUUGCACCAAAAACGAGAAGGAUUGUCAUAGGAAUUGUUAUAAUCUCGGCUGUGAUCAUGAAGUUGCGCUCUUGCGCUCUUUUUUUUGCAAAGAUUCAAAACACUGACUUUUUUAAGCAAUUGCCAACGCUUCUUCCACUUGGAGGACAGGCUUCGGAGGCUAAGCGCAAGAAGAGGGACGCAACUCGAACCAUGGCUGCCUUGGUGACCGUUUAUCUAGUGUCAAACACCCUCAACCUACUGCUCACCAUUAUGGAAUUUAUUGAUGCCGAAUUUUUAAGGGAAUUGGCAAAAGGUCUCGUUUAUCGCUAUUUGGCCGAUCUUUCCUCACUUCUCACCAUCUCAUCAACGGCUACUCGAUUACCCAUUUAUUACCAUUGUAAUUAUGAGAUUCGUAAACAGCUCAAACAAUUUUUUGGUCAAUUUCAACUCAGAAAGUAUAUUUCAGUACCGCAAAGUUUAUAA